CCUACGCACGCUACAACCCUACAACUAGCGCAGCUGUGCGUUGGUUCCCUGCGCCUUGCCGCUUAGUCUAUGUAACCUUGGCAAGGACCUGUUUGCUCGCAGUAUUCUCCGUUGGCGACAGCAACACAGGCGUGUGCAUGUAUCUCGACUCGUGAUAAGACAAUAACUAUUCGCAGCUACAAAAUUGCGGGACACUUUCGGAGAGACGGCACACUUGGCAUGGCACUUGUGGGAGGAUCCCAUCAUGGGCCCGAAGCCCGGACUUCAACUUCGUUGCGAGUUGGCGUCGUCCAGCCCUUGCUCACAGAUCUUUACCAGAUCACUAUGGCCUACGCUUACUGGAAAAGCGGCAAGCACGACGACGGCGCCGUGUUCGACCUUUUUUUCAGGAAGAAUCCGUUUCAAGGAGAGUUCACCGUGUUCGCUGGUUUGGAGGAUUGCAUUCGCUUUCUGCAAGCCUUCCGUUACUCCAAAAGCGAUAUCGAAUACUUGAAGACUAUUCUCCCAGCCAGUGUUGACCCUGCUUACUACGAUUACCUCUCGUCUUUAACUGCGGAAAAAGUGAAGCUUUAUGCAGUACCAGAAGGAACUGUUGUGUUCCCAAGGGUGCCACUAAUACGAGUGGAAGGUCCACUUGCUGUGUUGCAGCUCUUCGAAACCACACUGUUAAACCUUGUAAAUUAUGCCAGUUUAGUGACUACAAAUGCUGCGAGGUUCCGGUUAGCGGCUGGGUCAAGCAUAAGCCUUCUUGAGUUUGGUCUGAGGCGAGCUCAAGGUCCCGAUGGAGGCCUGUCAGCAUCCAAGUACACCUACCUUGGUGGGUUUGAUGGGACAAGCAAUGUGCUGGCAGGAAAGCUAUUCAAUAUUCCAUUGAAAGGAACCCAUGCCCAUGCUUUUAUCAUGAGUUUUUCUUGCUUGGAAGAUUGCAAACUCCGAACACUGAAGGCAACUGGAGGGGAUGAAGUAGACUUCAUGGCGUUGUGCUGCAAAUGGCGGAAAGAACUGACUGGCCUGUUCAAGACCAUAGAAGAUGAGGCAAGCAGUGGGGAGUUGGCUGCGUUCAUCUCGUAUGCAGUUUCCUUUCCCCAAAAUUUUCUCGCAUUGGUUGACACCUACGAUGUCCUUCGGAGUGGACUGCUGAAUUUCUCUGCUGUAGCCAUGGCACUGAAUGACCUUGGCUACCGUGCGCUGGGCAUACGCAUUGACAGCGGUGACCUGGCCUAUCUCUCCUCGUGCGCCUACCACAUCUUUAGUGAGCUCGCCGACAAGUACAGACAGGAGUGGUUCAGGAGCCUCACCAUUGUGGCCAGCAAUGACAUCAAUGAGGAGACCAUCAUCUCACUCAAUGAGCAGGCUUGGAAGAGUAUAAAACAUGGCUUGACAUGUGGGCACAAGAUAAAUAGUUUUGGCAUUGGAACUCACUUAGUAACGUGUCAAAAGCAACCUGCCCUUGGCUGUGUCUACAAGCUAGUGGAGGUGAAGGACCUCUCUUGCAUCAAGCUCAGCCUCGACAUCCAGAAGGUGACAAUACCUGGCAAGAAGGCCUGCUACCGCUUGUACGGACAGCAAGGUUAUGCACUGCUGGAUCUAAUGCAGAAAAUGGACGAGCCACCGCCUGAGAAAGGAAAAAGGGUUCUCUGUCGGCAUCCUUUCCAGGAGUCGAAGCGUGCGUACGUGAUUCCCGACUAUGUUGAAGACCUGUGCCUACUCUGGUGGGACCAUGGCAAGAUUGCCAGAGAUUUGCCACCACUCGAUGCCAUACGAAACAGAGUCCAGGAGUCGCUGAAGACUCUUCGGCCAGACAUCAAGCGAACCUUGAACCCAACACCAUACAAGGUCUCUGUCUCGGACAACCUCUACAUGUUCAUGCAUGAACUGUGGCUGCAAAAUGCCCCCAUCGGAGAGCUUUCCUAGCGCAUCAGAAACUGUGCAUUGUUUGGACCGUAUCAAGGCAUCUAUCUGCACCCAACGACAAACGAAGAGCAUUGUGCUCCAAAUGUCGUGGGCUGUGCGUUGACGCUUGUUGAUUAACGAAUUGUUAGAACGAUCACAAAUUUAUGCCACUUUGGUAUUUGUUACCAGCUGCCCAGAUGUGGUAACAGACGAAUCAAAAUAAUCCAGCCGUGGAUUUGGUUUUGCAUAGUUGCUCACGGUUUGAUGCAAGGCAACACUAUCAUAUAGCUGCUGAGGCCGUUAAUUCGGUACAUGCACGUUUUUUUUUUUUUUUUGCAGUUAUCACAAUUUAUUUCAUGUGGAAUCGAAACUCAUAUUGCAAUUGCCGCAUCUUCUAUACAGAAGUAUUUUAUCGUAAAACUCCUUUAUUUACGCUUUCGCUUCGGCUUGGUAUGGUGGACUGCAGAUGUAAUGUGCAUUCCACUACACAUUGCCUAUGUUAUAGUUUAUAUGUAGUAUAUUUAUCUUUGUGCAUGUAGCGGAUAUUAUGUUUUAGUGAGCUAUAUUUACAUCGUGUGGUGUUUCAUUUUGUGUCUGUAUGAGAUGCUUUACGGACUUUAUUUGGUGCUAAUGCAGAUUCUUUGUCACAUGCAAGAAGUCAAAGAUGUCUUUCUGCAUGGACUUUUUGGUGCACUGCCAUUUUUGGACACUACAAACAAUUUUAAUUUUGAGGAGACUGCCCUGAUAAUAGUUAGUAAAUCUUUUAUUGCAUUUUUGACAACAUUCUUAGAAAGAAAAAGAAAAGAUGUUUAAUUGUG